GUCUUACAAGAUGUCUCUCCUCGCAAUUGCAACAAUACUUCUUUCAAUACUGGUUCCUUCAUUCAGCCAACAUGAAGCCGAAUGCGGUAAGCGACCAUUCUCAGCGCGAGUUGUUAAUGGUGAGAAUGCAGAGCCUCAUUCAUGGCCAUGGCAGUUUUCUCUACGUGUUAACGGCCACCACAUCUGCGGUGGAUCUCUGAUCAAACCUAACUGGAUCGUAACCGCGGCUCAUUGUGUACGAAAUUUUCCAUAUCCACAAGGAUACACUGUUGUAGUAGGGGCGCAUAGACGAAAAGGCACAACUUCUGUUCAAGAGGAGUUCGAAGUGCAAACUCUUUACAAGCACGAUGGUUUUACCAUGAACAACCUGAAACACGACAUUGCCGUUCUAGAGCUAAAGGGCUCGGUGAAGAUAAGUGAUAAAGUGUCACCCGUUUGUCUUCCUACUGAAGAACCGGCACCUGGAACUGAAUGUUAUAUUUCAGGAUGGGGACGUCUCCGAGGCGGCGGGUCCGCCCCUGAUAUCCUUCAGCAGGCGAUGAUACCAAUAGUUUCCCACGAAGAAUGCAAGAAGAAGUACGACCGAUACGACAGGAAAGCUCAUUUGUGUGCUGGACAAGGACAUGCAAGUGGCUCAGGUGGAUGCCAAGGGGACAGUGGUGGUCCUCUUGUUUGCGAGAAGGACGGCACUUGGUACCUGCAUGGUGCUGUGAGUUUCGGGAAGCGAGGCUGUCCAACUAAGUACAACACAGUGUUUGCAAGAAUCACGACCUACCUACCUUGGAUAAUGGACAAGCUUGUUAACAGGCCACCAGCCCCAACAUUGCCCCCCAAAACGCCUCCACCAGGUUGCAAGGAUAAGCGGGAAGACUGUGCUUCCAACAAGAUGUGGUGUCGCUUCAUGCCUGACAUAAAAAGGAAUUGCCCUUUCACAUGUGACAAUUGUUGAGUCCAUAAAGCCAUGGAGAUCUCAUUCCAAACUCAUUUGUCUCAACACAUUUGACAAAAUCGAUGGAAGCAAUAAAAUUAUGUUAAA